AUGUUCUUCAUCGAGGAAUACUAUAACAAAUUUCCUGAAGAUGUUAUGAAUAGUUCGUUUAUCAAACUUAGUCUGCGAUUCAACAGACCGGAAGAUCUAUUGGAAUACAAAGUGUAUAUAGAAAAUAGUAUUCCAAUGGACAUUUUCUUCCUAUAUCAUGAUCAAAACAGUUCCUGGAUUGGAGGUCUAUCUUAUAUGACUAAGUUUAUUUAUCCGCUAAUAAAUCGAAUUUGCGCAACUGAUCUCCUCGGCUACUUGAUGUACGUACCAUGCAAUGCUCUGGAUGUUAUUAUGAGUGACCACGGGAAAAGGUGGUCGGUACCACUUCAUUCCUCCAAAUACGUGUGGAAUAAAACCCCAUUAAACAAAAAAGUGGUUGGAAUCGUUCCUCCGGAACAGAGAGCGGAGUCUUUCAUAAAAUACGACAGUGUACGAAAGAUAUUAAUCGGUAAAAACAGCUCAAAUCCUCAACCGGUAAGGUAA